AUGUCAUAUUACGUUGAUACGAUUGUAAAAAAUAUUCAAGUUGUCAUCAUAUUUAUUUCAAUGGAUGAAACUGGGAAAGAUCCCAAUACGCAAUCAGUUUCGAAAGAAUCAAAUAUUAUAGUGUUGGUGGAAAGGUUAUGCCUAGAAAAAAAUAUUUCAAAAGCUGGUCUUCUUAAAAAAAUGACAGAGUCACCGAGAACAAGUAUUGAAUAUGAUGAUAUAUAUUCUCAAGUUAUAAAACAAAACAAUUAUUAUGAAGAUGUAACCAAUAAUCAAGCACCACAAGCAUCAGACGAAAUAUCAGUUUCAUCUCCUGUUCAGGAACCACCCGAGAAAGAAACAAAUAUUGAACUAACCCCAGUUAUAACCUUUCCAAUGAAUGUAAAAAUUUAUCGAACUAUAAAUACAUUUAAAAUUUUAGCUUUACUUCUUUAUAUAGCUCUCUGGAUAUAUCAAAUAAUCUAUAAUGCAAUCAAUAUUUCACUCGAUAAUCCAUCAUCUGUAACAUCAACAAAUAAUGGAACUUUACCUUAUCCUAUUUAUUAUAAUCCAUCUGCUUCAUAUGGUGGUGCUAUAAUCAUGACUUUUGUAUUCACAUUGUCCAUAAUUUUUCUUGUAAUUGAAUUAGCCUAUCUUUUUAUCACAUUCAGACAAGAUUUUAUUAUUAAAAGCCACAUUAUCGUAUCUCUGGUGAUAUUUUUGAUUUAUCUUGUUUUUGCGUUAACCUUUAACAUUAUCGCUGCUCUGGGUGCAUUAAAACCAGAUAUAUAUUCUGCAAUGGUCACAUUAUUAUGGAUUAUACCCCUUCUUUCAUUAUUAGAAUGCUUUGCUGGUGUUCCAGAAUGGCCUAUAAUUGGAGUAGUUACGCCAGAUUAUAAUUCUUAUUUUAAAAAUAUUUUAACUGUUUUCAUCGUUGGAAUCAUUAACUUGACAUUUGAAGCUUUUCUUAUCAUUCUCUAUAGAUUUCGACUUUUAAAAAAUGGUACAGCUUUUGCCAAUUGUUACCUUUUAGAAGAUAAUAUUUAUUCUAUUGCUGAUGGAUUAAUUUGGAUCAUUACAUUUUGCUGUUUUGUAGAAUUUAUUAUAAAUGAGAUUGAAUUUAAAAAAACUAUUAAUGAUUUCAAUAAUAACAAUGAUGAUGAUUCAGAAGCUUAG